CCGUUGCUGUUGCUGCUGCUGCUGCGCGCCUGCCGACAGUCCGUUGCAUAUCCUUUGGCGCUGAUAGCAGUGACAAUUCAGUUUCAACUCGGAUUCAGAGAUAAACGGACGCGUCUGGUCGGCCAAGCGACAGUGCAGUGUGGCCAAACGUGCUUUUGAAAGCGCGAAACCCCAAGCGGAAGCGAAAGCGAAACUGAAACUGAAACUGAAAUUUCAACCUGUUUUGUAAGGAGUGUUCCCAGCUCCAGUUUCUCCAUAACGAAUUUUUUUCGAGUGUGUGUGAAGAAAGCCAAAAGAACAAAGAGAGCCAGAAAGAGUGCAACAGAGGGAGAGUGAGAGACAGACAUAGAGAGAGAUAGAGAGUUAGAAGUUGAGAAGAAAGACGGAAAUGAAGCAUGCAACUUGUGUGCACAUCAAAGAAAGCAGCGGAAAUUAAAAUUUGCAUAUGCAAAGAGGUGGUCCAGUGCAGUCAGCAGAGGCGGAGGCACAGCCAGAGUCAGUGGCCGUGACUGCGGCCCGGUGCCCCAAACAGUCAAUGACAAUGAGGCCAAUGAUGAUGCUGCCGCCCCCAGACCCAAGCAGCUGGCCCAAAGAAACAGAAACCGAAACCAAAAGCGACUCGCCGCUCUAAGCCGCCCGCCCAGCAAUAGACUCAAGUGCCAGAUCUCCAGAACUCUAGACUCGUGCGCAAUCCAACCCACCAGCCAGCAGCCACCAGCCAGCAGCCAGCAGCCUGCAGCCUGCAGCUUGCAGCUUUCACCCAGAAGCUCCUCGACCUCCGGCUGCAAGUCCCAGCAAUCCACAGAGAUGCCGUCGCCCGGGCACACAUUUUGCUUCUCCUCAGCAGGAUUUAUCGCUUGCUCAGCAAUCGUUCUGCUUUGUAGUUCCGAGGUUUUAUCCAGUUGGGAGGAAUGGUGGACAUACGAUGGUAUAUCCGGACCAAGCUUCUGGGGCCUUAUCAAUCCACAGUGGAAUAUGUGCAACAAAGGACGGCGCCAAUCGCCCAUCGAUGUGGUGCCUGACAAGCUGCUGUUCGAUCCCUACCUCCGACCGCUGCACAUCGACAAGCACAAGGUUUCUGGCACUCUGCACAAUACGGGCCAGUCGCUCGUCUUUCGCGUCGACAAGGACACCAAGCAGCAUGUGAACAUAUCCGGCGGCCCUCUGGCCUAUCGCUAUCAGUUCGAGGAGAUCUACAUCCAUUACGGCGUGGAUAACACUCGCGGCUCCGAGCACUUCAUCCAAGGCUACAGUUUUCCAGGCGAGAUUCAAAUAUAUGGCUUCAACAAGGAGCUCUACCACAACAUGUCCGAGGCCCAGCACAAAUCGCAGGGUAUUGUGGGACUGUCGCUUAUGGUGCAGAUUGGUGAGACGCCCAAUCCGGAGCUUCGCAUCAUCACGAGCACCUUCAACAAGGUGCUCUAUCGAGGCUUCUCGACGCCCAUCCGGCACAUAUCGGUGAGGUCGCUGCUGCCAAACACGGAUCACUACAUCACCUACGAGGGCUCCACAACCCAUCCCGGCUGCUGGGAGAGCACCGUCUGGAUCAUAGUUAAUAAACCCAUCUAUAUCACCAAACAAGAGUUAUACCAACUCCGACGACUGAUGCAAGGCUCCGAGAGUACUCCAAAAGCUCCACUAGGUAAUAAUGCGCGACCCGUGCAAAGUUUACAUCAUAGAACCGUAAGAACGAACAUAGAUUUUAAGCGGAACAAGAAUCAAUAUGCUUGCCCCUCGAUGUAUAAGGAUAUGUAUUAUCGGGCGAAUCGCUGGUCACCAGACACGGGACUCUUGAUACGUUGACAACCGUACGCGGAAGACUGCGAAAAGCAAUUAAUAUCGUUGCUAUUAUUAUUAAUAUUAUAUGUGGUGAAUAAUGCUACAGCAAUGGCAACUAUAUUGACAGCAGGAAGGGCUCCAACUGCAGCCAGUGACCGAGGCGGUCAGCGGGUCACUUUGCAGUUUUUAUGUCGCAUUCAAUUUUCAUAUUCAUGUUUUUAACACAAACUCGGGAUUCGUUUGGCCUGCAAUAUUCCCCACAACAAAAGCAGCAGCAACAGCACGAAAAUGUAUAUUAUUUAUUGCAUUAUUAUUAAUAGCAAAACAACAGCCGCCGCCACAGCAGUAGCAACAACAUUAAACAUGAAUUUAGGUAACAAAUGCUUGCAGCAAAAAUAACAACUACUCGUAAGAACGCUACAAUUAAGUGCCUCGACUAUGUAAUACCCGGUACUUAGGUUCUCAAAGGGUAAACAGAUGGCAUGCAUUUCUUUGCAAUGGCGAAAAUUAGACUUUGGCUUCCAGAACCUAAAUGAUCUACUACUCUAAAGCCUUUCAAAACCAAAGCAAUUUUUUUGUAUUUUUCUCUUUCUUUUCCCCACACAUUAGCAAGAUUAGAAUAUAUCCUUUGAAUUCGGCAAGUAUCAGGUACGAAAUUGUUGCAUGCAAAAGAGAACAAAAAAAUAGAGGAAUUUUAAUGCAAAAUCCUAAUGCCACAUAAAACAAAACAAGCCACACACAAACGCACAGAAAAUAUGCAGAAUAUUUUGAUUUCAUAGUUUUGUGCGUAAGUCGUGAAUCAAUUAUUGUCCAGGCAGGAAUUUAAUGAGAAUUGCGGUGGGUAUUAUGCUGUAAAAAUUCAUAUUCCUUUAAUGCCGAGGAAUCCCGGAUUAAAAUUCCUCCAAAGUCCUCCAAAGAAUAGUGAUAUCUCCUGUAAUAGAACAAUUAAAUUUUCGAUGUUUGAGGGAAAUCAAGCAAACUUUGGACCAUUGAUAUGUUUGAUCUGUUAGGUUAUUUUUUCGAUUCGGUUCAGGCUUAAAGGCUUAGAUUUAAUCCGAGCUCAUUUGAAUAUUUUCGAUUCAAUGCAUUUCUGAAUGCAGUAAUUAUUUGCGACUUACAAUUGUGUUGUAUUACACAUCUUUUGUUAUGGCUACAACAACAAGUAACAAAUAAGAGAAACAAUAUAUAAAAAUGAACAAAAUAGGAGAAUUUCCGUAAACUGGAUGGGUGGACAAUAACUAACAAACAAAUCGAAAACGAAAACGAAAACGAAAGAGAAAAACGAAUGGAGAGAAAGUAUAACAAAUGGCAACAGAAAUUAACAAAAGUAAAUAUUCAUAUAAAUAUAAAAAUAGCAAAGGUAUAUUAUAUACUCACAGGCAAACAUAUAUAUAAAUAUAAAUGCCUAUAUACAACUCUCUCUCUAUAUACAUAUAUAUAUAUAUCUAUACUAUAUACAUAUGUAGUAUGUGUUAUACAGACAUGGAUGACGGAGAACUAAGGAAACUAAAUGCAAUGCAGCCAGGAAGUUGAAAGGGAAAUUCGGUAAGGAUGGGCACAUCGUUCACACACCAUAUAUGAUAGCUAUAUAUAUAUAUAUACAUAUAUAUAUAUAACUACGAUAUGUAAGCCAGCAGCCACUACAAGUCUAUAGACCGCUUUCCCUCCCAUACAGAACACGAACAAAAAAAAAACCAAACUCCCUACCAAAAGCAUUUACCAACACCCAGUAUAAACGGCUUUGACGAUGAUCUGGCAGGACAUCUCUCUCCUUCACACCCCCCAAAAAACACAUACAUACAUACAUACAUAUAUCUAGUCAUGGAGUAUACACAAAGCGAAUGGGCUACAAAACAUAACUAAUUCUAGAAUGCAAGCAUUAGAACUAUGUAACUAACUAAACUAACUAAUGGAUUAAUGGAUUAACUAGCAGAGUGGCUAACAAAAAUCAAAUUCAAGUAAAGUUAGAUGCGAAUACCGAAACAAAUAAAAUAAAUGAAUUUUUUUGGUAAUUUUUUUUUAACGUCUGAGUGUGCAAAAGUUUUGGGCAAACAACGUUGUUGCAAAGUGCUGUAGAGACAAGUAUUACGGCUAGUGUAGAACCUAAGUUACUGAAUAGCGUUUAGCAGUUAGCACGACCUGAGUUUGUAAUAUAUAAAGACCCGGCGAUAUAUAGUAUUUAUGUAUACGUAUAUAUAAAGGAGUAAAUAUCGUGUAUCGGAUCCGUUCAAUUCCCAGAUUCGCAGCUGUCGAGCAGACAAUUAAUGUGCAAUUAUUGUAUUUCCUUUGGGCCAGCCAAGCAAAACCAACUAAGUAACUAUCUUACUAGGCUCCAAUCCCCAAAAUCCCAAAUUCCCAAUCCCCAAUUAUGUGUAGAACAUUAACUAUUUGUAUAAAAGCUAAAACAGAGAAACAAAUUCCUCAACUCGGAAACACUUUGCUACGACUGUAAGUUACUAUUGUGUUGCCGUAACAAAAUGCAGAACUAUAUAGUAUAUAUAUAUAUAAACUAUACAAACCAUAUAUAUAUACAUACAUAUGUGUAACUAUAAAUGCAAGAAUUAGCAAGCAUAGUGCAGGAAAAUAACAAUUGAGCAAGGCUUGAGAGAAGCAAAACGAAACAGAUACGAAACGGAAUGUUGUUUCCCCCAAAAACGAAACUGAAGAAUGCAAAACUAAUAAAUGAAAAACGAAAAGUAUUAUAUGAGAAAAAGAAAAA